CAUAGGUACCUCCACCCAGGGAUCCAGUGCCGCCGUUCGCCUGCGCCCAAGAGCGACGACGCGUCAUCGGUCGAAUGCUCUGUGUGGCGUGACGUGUGUCGCUCAAGCCUGCUGCAUUGAUUUAGACUUUGGGGUAUCUGUCGUAGGUGCGUAGGCUUGGAGGGCGGUCGUGUGGGAGCACGAGCUUCGCCAACUCCAGGCGCGGCUCCGCGACCCCCUUACCGCCGCAGGCGCUACCACCGCCGCCGCUUUCGUGGGCUUGGUCAUGGACUUUGACGACUUGGGCGACCUCGUGGAGGGUCUUUGCCCGGGACGCGAGGACAAGGAGGGCGCGGUCGCCUCGCUGGAGAAGCUCUGCGCCGUCGCGACGGGCUGGGCCGCCGGGGGGUCGCGGGCCCUCGCCACGGCCUCCCACGCGGAGAUCGCGGCGCAGGCCACGCCCACGCGUGCGAAGCGUCGCGAGGCGGACGUCGCCUCGGCCGCGCCCCCCCCCAUAGCUGGAGCUGCGCCGGCCGAUGCCAGGUGGCCGCGGAGGCUCCGGAGGCGGGAGCUUCCCACGGACGAGCCGAGGAGGCGUGCAGAGGACGCCCGGCGCGCGAGGGCCGUCGAGGCUGCCGCGGGCUUCGUGCGGGAGGCUGGCUCUGCCCUUGGCAGAAGCGGCCGCAGGGUCCGCUCGGCCAGAGGAUACCCUCCAGCGCGCUGGCCAGGGCAGGCGGCGCCGUGCCAUUCCGAAGAGGACGGCUUUUGGGGGAAGGCGCGCGCGUAGCUCCUCGCCGCGUGGGGGGUGCCGUGGCCCGCGGAGCUCUCGCUCGCGCGCGUCGGGGUAUAUUGUGACGGAGCUCGCGGCGGCACCGAGUCCCCCAUCCGUGCUCUGGUCAUGCCUCUCGGCGCGCAGCUGCAUGGCGCGCCGGAUUGCAAGCAAGAGCCAAGCGCAGACUGCAUCGCACAG